GGCCGCCGCCUCCUCCUCUCCUUUUCCCCCUUCCCCCCCACCCUCUUCGGGGAGAGCGGCGCUGAGGCCUGCCUGACGGGAAGGCCUAAUCUCAACCGGGGCCUCCUUGGAACGAUCCGGGGCAACGGCUGGGCCCCGCCGGGCGCUCCGCUAUUAUGCGCCACAGCCUAGCCCAGCUCUUAGCGGCCUCGUCCGGGCGGGGAAAACCCGGAGAGGCGGUCGCGGCCUGCUCCUUUCCGGGCCCGGGGGCCGAGCGGCGACCUGAGGAGGAGACGGAAACAGCGGCGGCGGCGGCGAUGACCGAAGAUUCCCUGGAGGACCCGGACGAUGACGACCUGCUCUUCCCCGCGGACCUGGAACUGGACGCCUGGCUGGAGGCGGCGGUGGGCGGCGGCGAGGCUUCCCCUCCAUCGGCCUGGGACGGGGCGAGUCCUCCGGCCGAGGCGGCGGAGCCUUCGAGCUCUUCCAGGCCGGCGCGCCCUUGCAGCAACCGCCUGAAAGCGGCGGCAGCGGCUCGCCUGAAUCGCCAGAAGAAGAAGCUGUACGUGCAGGGCCUGGAGACGCGGCUGCAAGGCUUGGCGGCCGAGAACCGGCAGCUGCGGGACCGCAACCGGGGCCUCUGCCGCCGCCUGCGCGACCUGGAGCGGGAGACGGGCUACCUGAGGGCCGUGCUGGCCAACCAGAGCGCUUUGGGCCGCCUGCUCGGACGCUUGGCCGGCGACGGCAGCCUGGGCCUCCGCAUGAGGAUCAGCAGCAGCCUCUUCCAAGAGACGGCGGCCGGAGCCUUCGGCGAGAACGGCGACCACGACUACGCGCUGCCCAUCCCGGAGGAAGAACCGGCGGAGAAGCUCUCCUCGUCCUCCCGCAGCCCCGGCGGCGUUUGCCUCCAUGUGGACCGCGACCACCUUUCGGUGGAAUUUUGCUCUCUCUGCGCCAAGCGGGCAGCCAGCUCGGAGACUUUGGCGGCCGCUUCUUCUUCUUCUCUUCCUCCUCUUCCUCCUUCUGCUGCUGCUUCCUCCUUGCUCUCCAAAAUUUUCUCUUUUAGGUGCUUGCCCUGCCAGGCUCCGUUGUGUAGGGGUUAAAAGAACAGUCGUUUACCACCUCGCAACCUGGAUGGAGGAAGAUAUUCUGCUGACAAGCUCAUGCUGGCUUGGGGGCUAGCACAUACGUUUUCCCUGCAUCAACUGUCUGUUGUGUUUAAGUGCUUCAUAUUUAAAUUUCUGUAAAAUGGGGAAAUAAGGGUUGUGAAAUAAUGUAAAGUGAGGUUUCACAAAGAAUAUUAAACCUGGAAAAAUCAGUUGCCCCUGCAAAGGAGGCGUCCUAUUGUCUUGUCUUGAAUUAGAAACAUGUGACUAUUUCUCCUAUGAAUGAAAUGCAAAAUUCUCAAAAUCUGUUGCAACCUGUAUGUUUUCAACCACAGGAUUUUCUUUGUGAAACCUUGCUGUUUAAUGAAGUAUGUGUAUAUUUAGCAUCCUUGUUUUUCUUUAUGCUGAAGUGGAUACAGCUGUCAUGGGCAGAAGAGACGGGACCAGCUGCUGGCCACCCUUCCUGCUUUAUUUUAAAAGGUAGUAUGAGAAAAAGGGAGCAAGGUAACAGGGCACUGGCUGUAUUUCACUUUGAAAACAACACUGAACAGGGUAAUGUUGAUGUUUUGAGCAACUAAUCCAAUCUAGCAAGAAAUUAAAUAUACUGAUGUGAAAAGUGGCAUCGUUAAAAAAAAGCAUUUGCUUUCUCGCUGGUUAUUUCCUGUUUUCGUAAUCUGAAAUUGACUAAAUUGUUCAAACUUUUAUUCAUGUAUCAGAUGAUUGAUAACACCUUAAAUUUCUCAAGCUAGAAUUAGGAUUGCUGAGAGGACUAUUUUAAUUCUCUUUUAAUUGAUAUAUGGUAGCUGUUUUCCCUUCUACUGUCACAUCUGCUAUAUGAAUGUACAUAUUCCCAUCUCUAAAUCAGUAGGAGCAUCUACAAGGAGACUGGCAAGUCUUUUCUUAUGGCAGCUGCAGCACUGCAAAGAACUAAUUCCUUUGCCAGCUCAUUUCUUGAUAUUAUCCCAUACUUAGUAAGUGGCUAUUUUUUAGAAGUCUUCUAAAUGUAGUCAUCCUGGCCAAAUCGUAAACUGAAAUAUGAAAAUAUAGACACAUUUCUCAGUUUUUAAUCAUGCUUCAGUAU